UGGCGCCUUCCUGUACACAUUGUUGACGUUAGCCGCUCAGCUGUUUCACGAGUAAUAUUUUCCUUUUAAUAUAUACAACAUAGCUGUCUCCUUUUGUAAGAUAAUUCUAUGUAUUAAGGUUUCUGAAUACCGAGGAUAGCGCUAUAAAGCAGAAUAGUCACAGCGGAACACGUUGCUGAGAUGGAAGAUGAUGCGUCCCUGCAUCGACUUGAAGGCAGUGACCCCAGCGACCAGGUCGGGGGUCUCAUUGUGAAGAAGAAGAGCGCUUCAUCAGAACCACAUGUGUUCAGAGCUCCAGCUCCUCGCACUUCACUCCUGGGUCUUGAUCUACUGGCUGCCCAGAAACGCAAGGAGCGAGAGGGGAAGGACAGCCAGGACGACCAGCCCAAAAAAUCUAAAGUGUCAUCAUACAAGGACUGGGAGGAGGCGAAAAGUGAUUCUGGGUCUGAUGACGAGGAUCAGGAGGAUAGUGACAACAGUAAAGUGAAGAAAGAAAGGAAGUACCGUGUAACUGGUUCAGAAACGCCCUCAAACACUGGAGGGGUUAGUGAGGAGUUCCGACAGAAACAUCAGCAGAGGGAGAAAGACAAACGUGAACAUGGGGUCUAUGCAUCUUCCAAAGAGGACAAGAGCAGAGACCGGAAUCGAGACAGAGAUCAAGAUCGCCAUCAUGACCGAGACCGAGAUAAGAGAAAAGACAGAGAUGAGCGUGAAAGCAGUCGCAGUCGAGGGUCCAGCAGCAGUCGCUCUGAGCGUGGGGAUGGGAGCGUUAGGAGUGAGCGAUCCCAGAGGGACUUUGGGUCAGAGCGUCUCAGCCGCGGUGCGCGGCGAGAUGAGCCAGAAUCACCUCGUAACAGAUCCAAAGACGUGCCCACUCCAUCACGCUCCAGCUGGGAUGAAGAUGAUAGUGGAUAUAACAGCUCACGCCACUCCCACUGGGAGAGCCCAUCUCCCUCCCCAUCCAGCAAAGAGUAUGACCGCUCUGAGCGCAGCCAUCGCUCUGGCCGGGAUAGCGAGAGGAGGGACAAGUCAGUUAGAGCUCAAUAUCCAGCAGAUACCCCCCUACCAACUCCCUCAUACAAGUACAAUGAGUGGGCCAAUGACAGGAAACAUCUGGGCUCCACCCCUCGACUGUCUCGAGGGAAAGGAGAUAAAAGGGAGGACGGUGACAAUGGCAUCUUAUUCGAUAAUGAGGACGAAAAGGAACAGUGGGAGGAGGAUCAAAAGCAAGCGGAUCGAGACUGGUACAUGAUGGAUGAGGGUUACGACGAGUUCCACAACCCUCUGACGUCCAGCUCAGAAGAGUAUGUGAAGAAGAGGGAGCAGAUCCUACAGAAACAGACCCAGAAACGCAUCUCAGCACAGAAACGGCAGAUUAAUGAGGAUAAUGAACGCUGGGAGACCAACCGCAUGCUCACCAGUGGAGUAGUGCAGCGUUUGGAGGUGGAUGAGGACUUUGAGGAGGACAAUGCUGCCAAAGUCCACCUGCUCGUCCAUAACCUUGUGCCGCCCUUCCUUGAUGGAAGGAUUGUGUUCACUAAGCAGCCGGAACCGGUCAUUCCGGUGAAAGAUCCAACGUCAGACAUGGCCAUCAUCUCCCGGAAGGGCAGUCAGCUUGUCCGACGUCACAGAGAGCAGAAAGAGAGGAAAAAGGCUCAACAUAAACACUGGGAGUUGGCCGGCACUAAACUGGGUGAUAUCAUGGGCAUCAAAAAAACAGAGGACGGUGCAGCAGAGGGCAAACCUGUAGGAGAAGAUGGAGCUGUGGAUUACAAAGCGGAUCAGAAGUUUGCCGAUCACAUGAAGGACAAGAACGAAGCCAGCAGUGAGUUCGCUAAAAAGAAAACUCUGUUAGAGCAGAGACAGUAUCUACCCAUCUUCGCCGUUCGCCAGCAGCUGCUCAACAUCAUCAGAGAUAACAAUAUUGUGGUUGUGGUGGGUGAGACGGGCAGCGGAAAGACCACUCAACUGACGCAGUAUCUUCACGAGGACGGUUACACGAGUUACGGUAUGGUUGGGUGCACGCAGCCACGUAGAGUGGCAGCCAUGAGCGUGGCCAAAAGAGUCAGCGAGGAAAUAAACAGCAACCUGGGAGAGGAGGUUGGUUAUGCAAUCCGAUUUGAAGACUGUACGUCAGAAAAGACUGUAAUAAAAUACAUGACGGAUGGUAUUCUACUGAGGGAAUCUCUGCGGGAAUCAGACCUGGAUCACUACAGCGCUGUUAUCAUGGACGAGGCCCAUGAGCGUUCCCUCAACACCGACGUGCUGUUCGGUCUGCUCCGAGAGGUGGUGUCCCGACGCUCAGACUUGAAGCUCAUUGUCACGUCGGCCACCAUGGACUCCGACAAAUUUGCGUCAUUCUUCGGAAACGUUCCUGUUUUCCACAUUCCCGGCAGGACGUUCCCAGUGGAUAUCUUGUUCAGUAAGACUCCUCAGGAGGACUAUGUGGAGGCAGCUGUGAAACAAGCCUUGCAGAUUCAUCUCAGCGGGAUGUCGGGCGAUAUACUCAUCUUCAUGCCUGGUCAGGAGGACAUUGAGGUGACCUCAGAUCAGAUUGUGGAGCGAUUGGAGGAUCUGGAGAAUCCCCCGCCUCUCGCAGUCCUGCCCAUUUACUCCCAGCUGCCCUCAGACCUGCAGGCCAAGAUCUUCCAGAAGGCUCCGGAUGGAGUGAGGAAAUGCAUAGUUGCUACAAACAUUGCCGAGACGUCUUUGACGGUGGACGGCAUCAUGUUUGUGGUGGAUUCAGGUUACUGCAAAAUGAAGGUGUUCAAUCCACGCAUCGGCAUGGAUGCACUGCAGGUGUACCCCAUCAGUCAGGCCAAUGCGAACCAGCGGUCAGGAAGAGCUGGCAGGACAGGGCCCGGACAGUGUUACAGGUUAUACACGCAGAGCGCUUACAAGAAUGAGAUGCUCACCACCACUAUACCAGAAAUCCAGAGAACUAACUUGGCCAACGUCGUGCUGCUACUGAAGUCUCUAGGAGUGCAAGACCUUCUGCUCUUCCACUUCAUGGACCCUCCACCUGAAGACAACAUGCUGAACUCCAUGUACCAGCUGUGGAUUCUGGGGGCACUUGAUAAUACAGGUGCCCUGACACCCACCGGGCGGCUCAUGGUGGAGUUUCCUCUGGAUCCGGCUCUCUCUAAAAUGCUCAUUGUGUCAUGUGACAUGAGCUGCAGUGCUGACAUCCUCAUCAUCGUGUCCAUGUUGUCUGUACCAUCCAUCUUCUACAGACCAAAGGGUCGUGAGGAGGAAAGUGACCAGGUGAGAGAGAAGUUCUCUGUGCCUGAGAGCGAUCACUUGACCUACCUUAAUGUUUACCUGCAGUGGAAGAACAACAAUUACUCCAGCAUCUGGUGUAAUGAUCAUUUCAUUCACACCAAAGCCAUGCGUAAGGUGCGUGAGGUGCGAGCUCAGCUCAAAGACAUCAUGGUGCAGCAGAAAAUAAAUCUGGUCUCCUCCGGCUCAGACUGGGAUGUGAUCAGGAAAUGCAUCUGUGCUGCGUACUUCCACCAAGCUGCUAAAUUAAAAGGAAUAGGGGAGUAUGUGAACGUGAGAACCGGUAUGCCGUGCCAUCUACACCCCACAAGUGCACUCUUUGGGAUGGGCUACACCCCAGAUUACAUCAUCUACCAUGAGCUGGUCAUGACCACUAAGGAAUACAUGCAGUGUGUGACAGCAGUGGACGGCGAGUGGCUGGCUGAACUCGGGCCCAUGUUUUACAGCGUCAAACAAGCAGGGAAGACCAGACAGGAGAACCGACGCAGAGCCAAGGAGGAGAUCACCAACAUGGAGGAGGAGAUGUCCCUGGCGCAAAAGCAGAUCAUAGCACGCAAAGAGGAGCAGGAGAGGAAGAACAACUUCGGCAGCACCCGAUCAAUAAUGAUCUGCACCCCAGGACGUAAAGAGGAAGCACCCAUGACACCAAAACGAACACCUUCACGAUUUGGCUUGUAAUGCUUGCUUGAAUGAUGUAAAACGUCAUCAUGUUCAUCAUGGUGUGACUUGUAGAUUAUUUUUAUUUUAAUGUGAUCAUCACUGCGCCGGUCACAUGCAGUUGACUGUGUUGGCCAGCAGUAGGAGCAAUUGUAUAAGGGAAAAAUCAUCAGAUUGAAGAGUUGCUUGUGUCUCUUUUGGACUGUAUGAACUGAGUGUAUAACAGUACUGCACUUGAAUUUACUGGUCAAACAUUGAUUUUAAGUCAAGUGCAAACACAUUCUUCAACAUACCCAUAGAAUUCAAUGACUUUUUUAAAUGCAGCAUUAUUUUUGUUGGGAUAAAACAUCUGGGCUUUUUUCAGUGUGUUUGUGAUCAGGAACAGUAGCAUUUAUUCAUGGACUGCUGUAAUAUUCACUUUAUUGUGGAAUUAUAAUUUACGUUCCGUCAUGUUUUGACUUGUGAAAUGUAGCCGUUGUUUCAUUCUUUCAGAGAACACAGAGAGCGUCCAUGAAUAUUAACUUCCUGUACUUUGAUAGGUUAAUUCCCCGCGGAUGUACCACGUCUUUGUUAUUCUGACAAAAACAUUGCUAGAAUAUUUCAUCAUUCGGCUGAAAUCAACACUGACCAGGAGUCACAUCCUGCAUCUCCUUUGAUGCAAUUGGGUUGCAAGUCAUUGAGCAGAUCUACAGUGUACAGAAAGAGAUGACAUGCUUAGACUGCUGUGAAGUGAGAAAAAACUAAAUAAUCAACUGCCUCUCACUGAGGGUCAUUUCUGUAAGUCCUGUUUGUAGCUUUGAUGUGUGAAAAGCUUUCAUCUGGCCUUAUUUUCAAUGUGUACAGUAUAGCUGUAUAUUGUGUUUGUAGGGCUUUUAUUGUCUUGAUGGUUAUUGGGGAGGGGUAAAAAUGGGAAAGUUGAUAUUUUUUAAAUGUUCAAAUGUUCACAGUGACUGAUUUGUGUUCAUUGUAGAUUUUUUUUGUUCAUUAAUAAACAUCUAUAUUAAUGUU